AUUGCCCCCCAAACCCUCCCUCCCUUUCCCUCAAAACACAAACCAUUCUCUCCUGCUCCCUCCCCACACCUGUCUUCCCCACCUUCUUCCUCUUCUCAAAACUCCAUUCCAAGCAGAUGGCCUAUCUUGGCUUUCUUUUGCUGAGUCUCCUUCCACUGUUCUCUCCAGCCCAUGGAUAUGGACAUGGAUGGGGUUGGUCUAGAGCCCAUGCCACCUUCUAUGGAGGUGGUGAUGCUUCUGGGACAAUGGGUGGGGCUUGUGGCUAUGGAAAUUUGUACAGCCAGGGAUAUGGAACUAGCACUGCAGCCCUGAGCACUGCCCUGUUUAACAAUGGGCUGAGCUGUGGGGCUUGUUAUGAGAUAAGUUGUGUGGAUGACUCCAGGUGGUGCCUUCCUGGUUCCAUUGUGGUCACUGCCACCAACUUCUGCCCUCCUAACAAUGCCCUUCCUAACGAUGCUGGGGGGUGGUGCAACGCUCCACUGCAGCAUUUUGACCUUUCUCAGCCUGUCUUCCAGCGCAUUGCUCAGUAUAGGGCUGGAAUUGUCCCUGUUGCUUACAGAAGGGUUCCAUGCAGGAAGAAGGGGGGAAUCAGGUUCACCAUCAAUGGCCACUCCUACUUCAACCUGGUGCUCAUCACCAAUGUGGGAGGGGCUGGGGAUGUGCAUGCAGUGUCCAUCAAAGGGUCCAGGACUGGGUGGCAGCCCAUGUCCAGGAACUGGGGCCAGAACUGGCAGAGCAACAGCUACCUCAAUGGCCAGGCUCUCUCCUUCAAAGUCACCACAAGUGAUGGCCGCUCGGUGGUCUCCUACAAUGCGGCUCCUGCUAGCUGGUCCUUCGGCCAAACCUUCGCUGGUGGCCAAUUCCGCUGAACCCUCUGUCCUUGGGGGUAUGGUAGUAGUAGGUUAUACGGAUUUGAUAUGUCCUAAGUCUAUUUAUUGAGAGUAAUCUGGUGUCUUAGUAGUGUAUACUAAAAGGACAGGAUGAGAAGCGUCUAUUUUAAGAGUGGCCCUUCUUAUCAUAUUAUAUAAUUGGAUUGUGGGAUUUCUUCCAUUGCAAAAGGCCUUUUUUGCGGGCCUUUGUCUCAUGUUGAGUGUGGAAGAAUGGCAGAGGUGGAGCCUUCACCACCCGCCAGUAGGCACAUAGGAAGAGCUCUGAGGCAUCGUUCCUUUUACUUAUCUUAUUGUGUUUGUGUUUCAUUAUCUGGAAGCUUGCUGAAGUUUUACAAGUGGUCAUUGUAAUCAGCUUCUAGCUGAGUAUGUACCUGUUAUACUGAGCCGUGUUAAUGAGAGUAAUCUUAAAUUUUAUAUUUAAGAAAU